GACCAUGACUUCAGCAUGAGGCCUGGCUUCGGAGGCCCAGCCAUCCCUGUGGGUGUGGAUGUACAGGUGGAGAGCUUGGACAGCAUCUCAGAAGUCGACAUGGACUUCACGAUGACCCUCUACUUGAGGCACUACUGGAAGGACGAGAGGCUGUCUUUCCCCGGCACCAACAACCUCAGCAUGACGUUUGACGGGCGGCUGGUGAAGAAGAUCUGGGUGCCCGACGUGUUCUUCGUGCACUCCAAGCGCUCCUUCAUCCACGGCACCACGACAGACAACGUCAUGCUGCGCGUGCAGCCCGAUGGGACAGUGCUCUAUAGCCUCAGGGCGACAGUGACGGCCAUGUGCAACAUGGACUUCAGCCGGUUUCCCCUGGACACCCAAACGUGCUCGCUGGAGAUCGAGAGCUAUGCAUACACCGAAGACGAUCUCAUGCUGUACUGGAAACAAGGCAACGAUUCCUUGAAGACCGACGAGCGGAUCUCUCUCUCGCAGUUCCUCAUUCAGGAAUUCCACACCACCACUAAACUGGCCUUCUACAGCAGCACAGGCUGGUACAACCGUCUGUACAUUAACUUCACGCUGCGGCGCCACAUCUUCUUCUUCCUGCUCCAGACCUACUUCCCCGCCACCCUGAUGGUCAUGCUGUCCUGGGUGUCCUUCUGGAUCGACCGCAGAGCUGUGCCUGCCAGAGUCCCUUUGGGCAUCACCACGGUGCUGACCAUGUCCACCAUCAUCACGGGUGUGAACGCCUCCAUGCCCCGCGUCUCCUACAUCAAGGCGGUGGACAUCUACCUGUGGGUCAGCUUCGUGUUCGUGUUCCUCUCGGUGCUGGAGUACGCGGCCGUCAACUACCUGACCACCGUGCAGGAGCGGAAGGAGCGCCAGCUGCACACGAAGCUCCCCUGCACCUGUGGCCUGCCCCAGGCGCGAGGGCCGCUGCGGGAGGGCAGCUACAGCGACGGGGACGUGAACGACCUGGACACGCCCGAGAACGGGGAGAAGCCCGAUCGGAUGACCGUGCAGCUCCCGCUGGCCUCGGCGAGGAAAAGCCGGAGAAGCAGCUACGUGAGCCUGAGGAUCGACACCCACGCCAUUGACAAAUACUCCAGGAUCAUUUUUCCAGCGGCAUACAUUUUAUUCAACGUAAUAUACUGGUCUAUUUUCUCCUAG